AUGAAUCCUCUUGAUCAAGGAGAACAUUUACUGGCAUUGAAAGUAAUGCGCCUGACACGUCCCACUCUGGUUGCACCCCAAGUGAUUUCAUGUGAGCCCCGAGAUUUGCCACAGUUUAGUCUUAAGCAAGUCUUGGAAUCUGAGGCAUCCAUUGCCGGUGCUGAGACCUUGGCGGCUGGACAAUUUAUGCUCUUACCACAGUCAUUUGGUAAUAUUUAUUUGGGUGAGACAUUUUCCAGUUACAUUUGUGUACACAAUUGUACCUCACAUCCCGUGGAGGGUGUGACCGUCAAGGCUGACCUGCAAUCGAACAAUACUCGCAUAAAUUUGCCUAUGCAUGAAAAUAAGACCAAACCGGCAACAUUGGGGCCCGAUGAAACGCUGGAUGAUACAAUACGCUAUGAGGUUAAGGAGAUUGGAACUCAUAUAUUGGUUUGUGAAGUGAACUAUACAACGCCAGCUGGUUUGGCCACCUAUUUCCGUAAAUUCUUUAAAUUCCAAGUACUCAAGCCUCUUGAUGUAAAGACGAAGUUCUAUAAUGCCGAAAUGGAUGAAAUCUAUUUGGAGGCCCAGAUACAAAAUAUUACCACAGGUCCGUUUUGUUUGGAAAAGGUUGAACUUGAUAGUUCAGAUCAGUAUACGGUUACCUCUUUGAAUACUCUGCCAAAUGGUGAAUCUGUAUUCACCUCCAAGAAUAUGCUACAGCCAAAUAAUAGUUGUCAAUUUUUGUAUUGCAUAAAGCCCAAACCCGAAAUUGCCAAGGACAUUAAGGCAUUGAGGGCUGCUAAUACAGUGGGUAAAUUGGACAUUGUGUGGCGUUCGAAUUUGGGUGAAAAGGGACGUUUGCAAACCAGUCAACUACAACGUUUGCCUUUUGAAUAUAAAGAUGUACGUCUAGAGGUUAUUGAUGCCAUGAAUAUUGUUAAAAUUGGUGAACCCUUUACAUUUACUUGCCGUGUUACAAACACUGCUGAAAGGCCUAUGGAUCUAAUGGUAAAAUUGCCAACACCAUUAGAUUACAAUUGCCCUUAUACCGGGUCAGCGGAAUUUAGUAUAGGUGUUAUUGAUCCGGGGCAAUAUCGUGAAUUCCCAUUGACAAUAUGUCCUUCGAAAUUGGGUUUGGUAAAAGUAACACCAUUGAUAUUUAUUAAUACCCUAUUACAAGAACAAUAUACCAUUGAGAAAGUGGUAGAUGUUUUUGUCGUCGACACUGACUAUCACGAAGAUGAAUCAUUCCAAAUUAAUAAAUUUGUACGUUAUGAUAAUGCCCCUAAGAUUGAAAAUCAAUCUAUGCAAUUGCAAGUGGUAUAG